AUGGCAGACGGAAAGAAUGACUCUACACCCUUCAUUAAAAAUGGGGCAUCACCGAUUAUUGCUAAGACGCCUCUACCGGCCAAGUCGGUUAAGCCAGGUAAAGAAGGCAGAGGCAAGGCGUUUAGGCAGAUCAUUGCAUCGUUUGUUGCGAACUUAGGCACUAUCAACACUGGAAUGGCUUUUGGGUUUUCGGCAACCGCACUUCCUCAGCUGAAGAGUGCUACUUCUAGUAUACAAAUUACGGAAAACCAAGCAAGUUGGAUAGCAAGUUUAAGUUCAGCUGGAACACCAGUAGGGUGUAUAAUCAGCGGCUAUCUCAUGGACAACAUCGGCCGCAGACGAACACUCAUCAUCACAGAAGUGCCACUUAUCAUUGGCUGGCUGCUCAUAUCUUGUGCCCAGAAUGUCCCUAUGAUGUAUAUUGGCAGAUUAUUGAUAGGGUUCGGGUCGGGCAUGGUGGGCGCCCCAGCGAGAGUGUACACCUGUGAAGUGUCUCAACCUCACUUGCGAGGAAUGCUCGGUGCUAUGGCAUCUGUGGGGGUUUCAACUGGAGUUUUGAUACAAUACGUAAUAGGCAGUGUAACUUCAUGGAACAUAUUGGCUGGUGUCAGUGCGAUAGUGCCUAUACUGUCACUGUUAGGAAUGAUCUUCUUACCGGAGACACCUAACUAUCUCCUCACUCAGGAUAAAGAAGAGAAAGCAAAGAACUCGCUAGCAAAGCUGAGAGGGUCCACUUGCAACUUACAAGAAGAAAUACAAAAGAUGAUAUCUUUUAAGGAAAAGAAUCAUGUUGAACCAUUGAAAUCACCGAAGGAAAUAAUCAAAGCUCUAAUGUCGCCAUCCGCACUUAAGCCCUUUGGUAUACUAGCGUUAUAUUUCUUCAUCUACCAGUGGUGUGGCGUCAACACCAUAACGUUCUACGCUGUAGAAGUUUUUGAGGCAUCAGGAGCAACUCUUGACAAAUACUACCUCACGAUAUCAAUGGGGAUACUUCGGGUAAUAUUCACGGUCAUCGGUUGCAUACUUUGUAGGAGAUGUGGGAGACGGCCCUUAACUUUUGUUUCUGCACUCGGCUGUGGAUCAACAAUGAUCACUCUCUCAGUGUACAUGUACUACGUGCAGUAUUGGAAGGACAACGGCAUGCAGCCGCAGAACUCUUGGAUCCCGGUCGCCAGCAUCUACUUGUUCACCAUAUUCUGUACUCUGGGAUACUUGAUCGUGCCUUGGAUUAUGAUCGGGGAGGUCUAUCCUACUCAGGUCCGUGGUAUAAUAGGUGGUAUAACGACGUGCGCGGCGCAUCUGUCGAUAUUCUCAGUGGUCAAAACCUUCCCUUACAUCAAGCACUCGCUGAACGACUACGGGGCUUUCGGCUUAUAUGGAUGUAUUUCCAUUGCUGGAAUGGCAUUCUUCUACCUAUUCCUCCCUGAAACUAAAGGAAGAAGUUUACAAGAAAUAGAAGAUUACUUCAGCGGCAGAACAAAAGUACUGAAGAAAGCGAGUAUCACUGAAACCGCAUAUAUUUUUUUUGAAGUUACAUUUAUUAUCAAUGUUGACAGG